AGUGUUGUUGUAUAAAGCGAUUAGAGGCAAUUGAACCAUUAUCUAAUAGAGUCAAAAUUAACUGUGGUUUUAAGUUGAAAGCAAAAUGAAAAAUAUAUUGUUAUUUCCGAUUUUUAUUGGGUCAAUUUUUAAUAUUAACCCAAUAGAUUCAGCAAAAAUUUUAGGAAUAUUCAACAUGCCUUCGUACAGUCAUUUUGUAUUGGGGGAAACACUUUUUAAAGAAUUAGCGAAGCAAGGACAUGAAGUAACGAUGAUGAGCGCUUUCCCUCAAAAAACACCAAUAAAGAAUUAUCGAGAUAUUUAUUUAGAAGAAGCCAGCAUUGCUUUUAAAGAACAUAUGAAAUCCGGAUUUGAUUUAUUAAAUUUUGGAAAAAUACCUUUUAUAGUAAAAUUAUUUUUUAUAUCAAGAAUGACAUUUAAUGUAAUGGAACAGUCCUUUGAAAAUAAAGACGUUCAAAACUUGAUAAAAUCCGACGAAAAAUUCGAUUUAAUAAUAAUCGAAGCAUUCCUAAACGAAGCAUUUUACGGGUUUGCUCAUAAAUUUAAAGCACCCGUAAUUUCUUUAGGAACGAGUGAUUCUUCAAUUUGGGUAAAUCGAUUAACAGCGAAUCCAUCGCCGAGUUCAUUCGUCGCCUCACCAAUGUUACCGUAUUCACCAGAAAUGAAUUUAUUUCAAAGAUUAAACAAUCUAAUAUCAGAAAUAACAGGAGAAUUAGUGUUUAAUUUAUUCUCAAAACCACAACAAAAUGCACUUAUGCAUAAAUACUUUCCAAACGCCCCACAUUUAGACGAUUUAGUUUAUAAUACAUCUUUUGUGUUGCUUAAUUCGCACCCGGCUCAAAGCGCUCCGGUUCCUUUGACACCAAACAUGAAACAAAUCGGGGGAUUUCACAUUAACCAUGAUAAUAAAUUACCUGAUGAUAUUAAAAAGUUUUUAGAUGAUUCUAAAGAAGGUGUUGUUUAUUUUGCUUUGGGGUCAAAUUUAAAAAGCGCUAGUUUACCAAAAGAAAAAUUAGAAGCGAUUUUAAAUGGGUUUAAAAAAUGGAAAAAACCGGUUUUGUGGAAGUUUGAAGAUGAAUCACUCCCGGGAAAACCCGAUAAUGUCAAAAUCUCCAAAUGGUUACCACAACCAGCGGUUUUAGCUCAUCCAAAUGUUAAAGUUUUUAUUAGCCAUGGUGGAAAAUUAAGUAUUUUAGAGGCUUCUUAUUUUGGCGUUCCAAUCAUUGGAAUUCCUAUUUUUGCCGAACAACCUUACAACGUCCAACAAAUUAACUACGCCGGAAAUGGAUUCAUCAUGGAAUUCGAAAGCAUCACGGAAGAUGUAAUUUAUAAUAAUUUGGUUGAAAUUACUUCAAAUCCAAAAUAUAAAAAUGAAGCUAAACUUCGUUCUGAAGCUAUGAGAAGUGGAAAAAUGACUGCACUGGAAGAAGCCGUUUAUUGGAUAGAGUACGUUAUAAAAUUUAAAGGAGCCGCUCAUUUAAGAAAUCAUGGAAUAAAUUUGAUGUGGUACGAAAAAUAUAUGUUGGAUGUUGCCUGUUUUGUUGGAUUAGUAUUUCUUGGAUUUGCUUGGUUAUUAAAAUGUUGCUGUAAGAAGUUUUGUAAAAAAUCUUGUAAUAAAUCAAAAAAGAAUCAGCCUAAAACAAAAACGCAAUAAAUUAAAAGUAUUAA